UUUGAAUGUGCGGAUCAAGCAGUGUUUAGCGGCCACAGGACGCUGCCGCCAUAGACCUAGAAUAACUGCGAGGACCAACAAAUUACGAACAACGUUCCAUAUCAUUGUACAUUUCCGUAGAAAUGUGAAUCAUGACUUCAUCCACCCGAAGUCAUCAAGGUCGAGAGACAACGGUUGGGUACCUAAAAGAACAUUAACAUGAGGACGUUUCCCAGAGGCCGCAGUAAAGCACAUCCUGUCCAUUUCCCUGUGUAGUGGUCCCCACUGGCAGAGGAUUGCUUUCUACUCGCAGACACUUUCACUGCUCAGUGGCAUAUCCACACCCUGGGUGAGAUAGAGUACAGACACAGGAGAAAGUCAACCCUUGCUUACAACGCACUCGCUGUCCCAGGCCUUUUAUCCCUCUCAGAGAGCCCCUCCCUGGGGUCAUGCCUAUCCUACUCACUGCCGACGUCUCCUUCAGCUCCAAGCAGGAGCUGCUGGACCUCCAGGACGGCCCUAUGUGCCCCUCCCUAGAGACACCCAGCCCUGUAGACUCUCAGGAGGACAGCCCAGUGGGUUCAGGCCCCGGCAGCGCCGCUGGAAACAGCCCCGCUCGCCACAUCAUCCUCACCCAGGCUGCUAACCCACUGCCUGGACAGCUUUACACGGGCCAAGCACCCGCGGAGACCCCACUGGGCCUCACAUUCAUCCCCACACACUCAGAAGGCCUGUGUGGCUGGGGGGCUCUGACGCCCCGAGUCAUCCAGACCUUCAACACCCCUCGCUGGGUACUGUUCUUCCUGUGUGUGGCCUCCUUCCUCCAGGGCAUGAUCAUCAACGGCUUCAUCAACACCGUGGUGACCUCCAUAGAGAGACGUUUUGACCUGCGCAGCUACCAGACCGGUCUCAUCGCCAGCUCCUACGACAUCGCUGCCUGUGUGUGCCUGGCCUUCGUCAGUUACUUUGGUGGGACGGGGCACAAGCCUCGCUGGCUGGGCUGGGGGGUGCUGGUCAUGGCGCUAGGAUCUCUGGUGUUCGCCCUGCCUCACUUCACCACUCCCCCGUACCAGGUAAGCAUGCCCGAGCAGACAGGGGUGUGUACGGGGAACCGUACCAGACGUUGCCAUGAUAACGAGGGUGGGGGCCUGUCCAGCUACCGCUUUGUCUUCAUGCUGGGCCAGUUCCUGCAUGGGGUGGGAGCCACGCCCCUCUACACUCUGGGCGUCACCUACCUGGAUGAGAACGUCAAGUCCAGCUACGCUCCGGUGUACAUCGGGAUCUUCUAUACAGCAGCCAUCGUGGGCCCAGCUGCAGGGUAUCUUCUAGGAGGAUACUUCCUCAACAUCUACACAGAGAUCCACAUGACGACGGAGCUGACUCCAGAGAACCCUCUGUGGGUGGGGGCCUGGUGGAUUGGCUUCCUGGCAGGAGGCGCAGCAGGGCUGGUCGUCGCCCUGCCCAUCCUGGGUUACCCACGCCAACUACCAGGCUCUCAGAAGUAUGUGGCCAUGCGUGUGUCUGAGACCCACCAGCUGAAAGAUGGCAGUCAGGCCAGUGCAUCAGACCCUCAGUUUGGGAAGUCAGUGAAAGACAUGCCCAGGUCAGUGUUGCUCCUGCUGAAGAACCCUCCCUUCCUCUUCCUGUGUCUGGCGGGGGCCACAGAGGCCACCCUCAUCGCUGGCAUGUCCACCUUCGGCCCCAAGUUCCUAGAGUCUCAGUUCAGUCUGAGUGCAUCUGAGGCAGCCACCUGGUUUGGCUACAUGGUGGUACCCGCGGGUGGAGGGGGCACUUUCCUGGGUGGCUACAUCGUGAAGAAGCUGAACCUCCGUUGCCGUGACAUCAUUAGGUUCUGCAUGGUGUGUGCCGUCGUCAGUCUUCUUGCCAUCUUCAUCUUCCUCAUCCACUGUCCCAACGUCCCCAUGGCCGGGGUGACUUCCCCCUACCGCAGCAACCUGCCACCGGGUCAUCAGUACAAUGAACAGUACUAUGAGCCAGCCCACAACCUCCACAACAGUUCUUGGUUGGGGGACAACCUGAUGGUGGGCUGUAAUGCAGACUGUCACUGUUUACGAGAGCUCUAUAACCCAGUCUGUGGAUCCGAUGGUGUGAUGUAUUACUCCCCUUGCCAUGCAGGCUGCAGCACAGUCAACCACACGGAGGUCUCCACAGGUAGACAGGUGUACUCGGGCUGCAGCUGUGUGGUGGGGGGGAACGUCACGUCGGGGCAGGAGGGUCUGGCUCUGGAUGGGAAGUGCACCAGCUCCUGUAGUCACAUGCCAGCCUUCCUCACCUUCCUCUUCAUCAUCAUCUUCUUUACCUUCCUGUGUAGUAUCCCCGCCCUCACUGCUACCCUCAGGUGUGUCCCAGACAGCCAGAGGUCCUUUGGAUUGGGAAUCCAGUGGAUCGUGGUGAGAAGUCUAGGUGGGAUUCCAGGCCCGAUAGCAUUUGGCUCAGUGAUCGACAUCUCAUGCCUGCUGUGGCAGGACCAGUGUGGAGAGCAGGGCUCCUGCUACCUCUACCAGAACUCUGCCAUGAGCCGCUUUACACUCAUCGCUGGCAUCAUCUACAAGGUUCUCGGCAUGAUGUUCUUCCUGCUGGCCAGUGUUCUGUACAAGCCCCCUCCAGAGUCGCCCCAGAGCAGCUGUGAGAGCACCGACCACGGGGCAGGGGAUAGCAGGGGAGAGACGGGGGACCUCUCCAUCCCUUGAUCCCUUGACCUUCCACCAAAAAUCAUCACCAAUGUACACGCCAGGUUAUGAUGACUUCAGACCCCACCCACAUCUCACCGCGCGCGUGUGUGCGUGUGUGUGUGUGUGUGUCGUGCCACUGCAUCCUCAAUCGCUGCCAGCCCGCACCCGUCUCAUGGCCACUCCCAUCGCACAGACACAUCACCCCAGGGCAAGUCAUAUCUGAUCCACCCACUGAGCCCAACUUCAUCCCAUGGGAUUGCCCUCCAUCACCUCCCUGCCAGCCCACUGAACUUGGGGUUUGUGUGAUGUGAUGAAAGACUGAGACCAGGGUCACAGAUAGGGUCAGAGGUUAUUCUGAGAAGUAGGAAAGUCUCCUGAUGGCUUUUGGGAUAUAAACCACUGAAAAGACGAAGGGAAUGUGGAUCAUGGAAACGUUACAGACGAUAGAAACGUAAAGGUCAUUUCCCACUGAGACGACAUAUCACAGAGUUUACCGUGAACGCAGUCUCCGCUAACACGGGAACAGUGCCUUUAAAUUUAAAUCACGCUGUAACAAUAAACUUCUACAAAACGGA